UCUUAUAGUAGAAAAUAUAUUUUCAAAAAAUUCUACGAAAGUUCAAUUCCAUAAAACCAAAAUUUCAGGAGUUAAGCAAAUUAAUUUAUGACUUCAUUACUAUAAACCACUCACAAAAGUCUAAAACCUGCUAUUACCUGAUUAGUUAUCUGAAAAAUUCAAGGUGUCUAAGUAAUCUGUGAACCCCAUUUUCUAACUUCGAAGAACUUCAUUAUUAUGUUUUUGUUACUCCGACUGGCAUCGAUUGAGCGCUGACCUUACAGUACAACAGUUACUAUUUUUAGUAAACAAAUUAAAAUGAAACACUAAACAUGCACAGAAAAAAAUAGGGGCAUUAUAUCAAGUUAAAAUAAACAUAAAAUCUUUAAAAACAAUCACUGCCCUGCAAAGACCACCAGAUAAUAUCAAUAAGAUCAAAAUUAUAUCCUUUUCUUAUAUCUCUUUAAAAUCUUUUCUAGUUUUUUUUAUUCAUUUUUUCUUAUAUUUUUACAUUUUUGGGAAACCAAAUCUAUUUAUUUAUGUACUCUAAUCUGAACUAUCCUAAUGUUAGCGAUUAAAGUGUACAAAGUCACUGGAACGAGGGGCAAUCGAUAAGGUGCUGCAAAUGACAACUCCCCCUCACCACUGCUAUUAGGGUUUGAAAUGUUUUCAUAUACAAAAAAAAAAAAAAGAAACUGUCGAUUAGUCAGAAAUGAGAUAACGAGCCGCGAUAUAGCGUCGGUGUCAUUAAGUGGCCACCGAUUUCAGUGCCUGUCCCGCCGCAAACAUGAACACCACAUGGGUGGGCACCACUGCUCCGACUACGGACACGGAACCGUCGCCGCCUGCGGACUGCGGCGUGGUGGUGACCCAGAUACCUGUUUACACCCUGAACGGAGUGGGGGCGGGCGCCGCACUACCCUUGACAGUUGGCUGGCAGAAAAUGCGGGUACGGUGCCCGUCCUGCAAGGGAGAGGUGGUCACCAGUCUGCUGACCUCGGCCACCCGGAAGACCCAUCUGUGCGCCCUGACCUUGUAUAUUUGCUGCUGCUGGCCUUUUGUAUGUUUACCGUACUUCUUCAAUUACUGCAAGAAUGUUGAACACUAUUGUCCCAAUUGUGGGUGCCAUAUAGGAUCAUACACCAUUUGAAGGAGUUAAAGAAGCAAUUACCAAGGAAGCUCGAAAACAGGAAUAAAGGAUUUUAUAAAAUAAAUAGUGUAUUUAAAUAAAAUAUUAACUUAUUGUUAAACUUACCCA